UAAUAAAGAUAGCAGGUCAUGUCUUCAAACAAUGCUACUGCUGUAUCUCCCGAUGAUACGAUAACGGACCUAUCACUUGGGGCACUGGGCAUAGCUAUUUUACUUUCAAUUUUUCUAUCAUUUUUUGAAACAAACAAACGAGGAGGACGACCAGGUAUUGUAAUGCCGAUAAACUUCCUGGAGGAUGACAAUUUAGCCAUUAUUUAUACAGCUGCGUUUGGAUGUACUUCAGUUGAACUGGUGUCUUUAAUAUCUCAAAGAGGAUUAGUUUUAGACUCGUUGAAUAUUCCAACAUUAGUAAGCCCCUGGGUCAGAGUUUUUGUUUGGCUGCUGAUGGCACUGUUUGUGACGCUAAAAUUUUAUCCUGUAUUUGCUGUUAUUAGAUGCAAAAGAAUUAUCAUUGAACCUUUAAUUGGCUUUUUCUACACUACAUUCAUGUAA